AUGUCGUCCAAGUUUUCGUUACAAAGUCCAUAUGUCGUGGCAUCUUUGCCCCGGCCCAUUGACCACAGCAAAGGGCGAUAUGUGGUGGGCGAUGUCUAUGGAGGGGCACCCGGCGCAAAAAAGAGAAAAAGAUCUGAGCUUGCGGUGGGAAUUGACGGCGAGGGUUUGAAUUUAUACGAUAUCUCGUCUUCCAAAUUAAUCACUUCGUAUGCUUUGCCUCCACAAUCAUCUUUUACCUGCCCGCCUACCUCGUUGCGCACCCGGAUUUCCAAAAGCAAAACCGAACGACGAACAUAUGCAUCCACUGCCGGCGUCCAAUCUCAAAUCUCCUUAUUUCACGAUGUAACGGAGGGUACAAGUCAUACAAAAUCUUCCACCAUAAGCCACAAUCUGGAGAACACUAGAAAUUCCGUUGUUUAUCUUGGUGUGAUUUCAGCAACAUUUGGGUUAGAACUCUCGGCUACUUCGACAGAUUUACUUGUGAUACGAAAAGACGGCGAAAUACAAUGUUUGGAUGGUGAAACCCUCCAAGAGAAGUGGAAGUCUCCUGCCACCGCUCUUGUGGAAGGGCAUGAUGCGACGCGCAGUAAAGAUUUAGAGGUCGAAUUCGCACAUCUCACCAAUGCACAUGCUGCAGGUCAAAGCAUUCUGAAAGACCGGCAGGACGUGCUUGCCGCAUUCGCGCAGGAAAUAUCCGAGGAUGGGUUCAACCCAGACCUUGUAGUUCUUGUCACCAAAGCCUCAGAUACUUUUACAAGAACUCUGCACAUUAUCGCACCUCCAAGGAGAUUUGCACAGAUUAGUGGGCUACAACACUCGGUGCAAGCCCUUUUGUCGGCACCGUUUCCUGUGCCAUACAAGCGGAAAGAUAUUCCGACUUUCAGCAUUCAAGUUUCUACGGGAAUACUGCAACAAUUGAGCAACAACACCCUAACUACGUUCGAACUGACUGAAAGCGGACCGAAAGAACAAUCCAGUCUCAGUGUGAGUAAAGCGGAAUCAUUUUUAAGACUCUCAAGCACUUCCACCAUGAUAUCGUCCAAUCAGUACAUCACCGUCUACAAUCCAAAAUAUCAUUCGAUUCUAGCCGCGAUCGAUUUCACGUCUGAGGAAUCCUUGAAACGCAAACGAGAAAGCCAAAAUGAAACCAACGGAACUUCCAGCAGCUCCUGCAACCUAAUAACCUACUUCCCCAAACUUGGUGCGGUUGUAGGAAUCAGGGACAACAAUCUUAUUGCAAUACAUGUUGAAGGGCAUCAGGAUCGUCAAGGAAGAUCCCGUGCGGCUGGCCUCCUCAUUGACUCACUUGGCUGCUCAGUCAAAGAACAAUCACGCCCCGGUCGCGGAAAGAAGGGAAUGGAUACUGUCGGUUCCAAAACUCUGGAAGAGUAUCUCCCUGGUCCAAUCACUACUUUCGAGGGCCCGUGGGCGGAACAAACAGAAAGCUUCGAGAAAUCAUUUAUUGCUGAAGAUGCUGAGAAGUUCGACGAGCUCAUUGCUGAAAAGCUCCCUACAUCAUCAACAACAGAGCUAGACUCUGCAAAGCCGUUCACUAACGGUGUGAAAGUGUCCGCACUGGAGGCCUCGAGUGUAGAUCGCCGCUGGGUCAUAUAUGCACUUAGCAAGAUAUUCAGCAGGAUCGAAGAGAGCUCCGAGCAGUCCAAACUAUCUAUCUCGUUCUACCCAUCGAAUGUAUUUUUGUGGCUCAUCAAUGCUGGUCAUAUGACUGUGGCCAACAUCGAGGCAGCGUUGAGAAUCGAGUCUGCUACGCCUCCGGCGAAAUCCAUUGCAUCGGGAGAGCUCAUCAACGCGAUCGUCGAACUGAAUCCAGAUAUGGAUCUACUGCUCGCACUUAUCGACAAGAACUACCUCGGAGCCGCAGAAUUACUUCAUGCGAUCCGUACACUGAUGGAAAGCCUCGAAAUGCUUGGCGAAAAUAUUCGCGUAAAGCAGGGACUACUCACGAACGGCGAAGAUGCAGGGCUAGUGAACGGUGAUGCCGAUGAGCAAUUGGAGGAGCUGGAAGCUGAAGCCGAGAAAGAUCUGGAACACGCGGAAUAUCAAUUGGGACCUGGCUCAGGUCUACGCGGGCAGGCACUGAGUUUAGCACUUUCGAGGCUUUACACUUGCCCAACUAGUUCGAUCGUACAUGCUCUUCAAACGACUUUGACAAGCCAAGAGAUUGUGUGUCUCAUCUAUCUUCUCAGAUUCGAACUCGCACGAGGAGCUUGGACAGCCAAGUACUUUGACGAUGAUGAAUCAGAGCUCGUAGAUGAGGAUGCUGAGGUCCCGGGAAGCACUAUUAUACUCAUUUCUAGCUUACUCAACAAUUGCAUCGAUGCUGUGGGAGCUGGGGGUUGGUUAUCUGGCGAUUUGAAACUCGUCGAAGGCGAUCCAUUUGAGGCGGAGGAAUUGAUUUCAAGUCUCAAGCUUGAAGUGAGUGCUGCGUUGGAAGGAAUCCAAGAGGCCGCGUAUCUGAAGGGGCUGACCUCGGAGAUGGUGCGAUACGGCGAUGCGAUGCAAAAGUCUCUCCCUCAGGAACUCGAGCCGGGUUCAGAUGCGCCUAGCAGGAAAAAGCACAAGGGCCCUGUCAACCCACCCAUCCUUCUUCCAUCUUCGACUUCGGAGGCUAAGAUUCUGCCUCUUGGUUUGAGAGCAGACAAACAGAUAUCACUACUGAAGGUUGGCGCCGGUGGGGAAGUAUCCAAACGUACUGCACGAGACAUCGGGCAUCUGAAGAGUCAGAAGGUUGGGAAAUACACCCUUGAAAGGAUAAUGAUCUGA